UACAUCCUGAACAUCGCGUGGUUUGACAAGUGGAAGAAGUUUACCGGUUAUGCGGACAGCAAUGAUGCAGCCCCCGAGCCCGACGAAUGUGAUUCUCCUCCUGGGGAGAUUGACAACACCUCUCUUAUGGAAGGGAAACAAUUGCGGCCAAACCUUUUGGUAAACGCAGACGUUGUCUUCAUUCCCGAGUCCCUCUGGGAUCUAUUCUCCUGCACUUAUGGCUGUUGUCACAAAGAUACGGAGAUUUUUAAACGGAAAUAUCUCAAGGCGUCCACAGGAAAACUUUCUCUCGAUCUCUAUCCUUCAAACAUUUGUCUUGUGGAGAAGAAUAACAAGGACCAUAAACUCGAGGAAACAUUCUGUAAUGCAGAAACAAUAGGACAUUUGAAAAGCGUUAUCCGCAAGGCGAGACACUACGAACAUUGCGACAUUCGCUUGUUUGAUCCGAAAGUAGGAGAAGAGGUGAAGGCAGGGGAUGAUUUUACCCUCCAAGAAGCCUGCCUCGACGGAACUCGUGUGAGUUUUGAGUUUUGCGACUUAAAAUUCUAUGGCAAAAUCCUAAGUUUAUGCUUAAAUCGCAAGAACAGUGUGGGUGACAUUUGUCAGCGCUGA